AUGAAAGAUCGUAGGAAACGCAACAACGUUGUUUCAUGGACCACAUUCUUCUGGUGCACCCUCUUAAUCGUUUUCUCUUCGAUCGUCUUCACCACAUUUACCUUAUCGCCCUUUCGCCCCUUCUACCUCUCACAGCUAUGGAAAUGGAGAACUCUAACGAUACAAUCGAAAAACAACUCUCCAACAAUUACAAUCCAAGAAAUUGUUAUGCUUCCUGAUGAGGCUUUGAUUUUUCUCUACUACCCUCCUUCUUUUCGAUUUUAUGACAAAUGUGACCUUCGUUGCGUUUAUUUCUCAGCUGACUCAAGUCGCUCCAACCCUCAACUCACUACUCAGCCACCAAUUCAACUCCACUCAGCUCGGUUCCACGAGCAGAUCGUACGGUGCCCACUCCCACCACGUGGCAAUACUAUAUCACUUUUGAUUAAAGCCAAAGGUAUUAUUCCAACAAAAGACUCAUCAUCAAUUCAAAAGUGGGACCCAUUAGUUUAUGAAACCCUUUUGGACAAAGACAACACCACCAUUGUGUUUGUGAAGGGCCUCAAUCUUCGAUCCGAGAGACUGAAUGAACCGUCUAGAUUCCAAUGCUUGUAUGGCUGGGAUUUCACAAAACCAAAGUUCUUUUUAAAAUCUGAUGUUGUAUCUGCUGCCCAAGAGAUUAUAAGGUGCAAAACACCAAAAAGCAUUCUAAGUGACCAAGCUCAAGUCCAUUCUAUCAAAGUAUCCAUUCAAGUUAAAGAUAAAGGGAUUUUUCCAUCUAUAGCCAGGCCCGGGCUUCGUUCAGCACUUUACACAUCAAAACGAAAAGCCCAUGAGAUGUGUGUGUGCACCAUGCUCCACAACCAAGCACGCUUCAUGAAGGAGUGGGUCAUGUACCACACCAGAAUUGGGGUUCAACGUUGGUUCAUUUAUGACAACAAUAGCGAUGAUGACAUAGACAACGUGAUUACAUUCCUACAGAGUAUUGGGUACAACAUCACGCAACAUUUGUGGCCUUGGGUCAAGACCCAAGAAGCAGGGUUUGCCCAUUGCGCCCUACGGGCUCGAGCCUCAUGUGAAUGGGUUGGAUUUAUUGACGUUGAUGAGUUCUUUAAUGUGAAGAUGAAAGGGAGCUUGCACCAUGUGAUUUGGCACCAUGCCAAGCCCGGUAACAAUGUGGGUGAGAUUAGGACACCAUGCUACAGCUAUGGGCCUUCGGGCCUAAGAGAGAUGCCACGAGAAGGGGUGAUGGUGGGGUACACGUGUCGGUUGGGGGCACGUGAGAGGCACAAGAGCAUAGUAAGACCUGAGGCAUUGAACCAAAGUUUGAUCAAUGUGGUGCACCAUUUUCAUUUAAGUGCUCCAUUUGUAACUGUGGAUGUAGACAAUGGUGCAAUGGUGAUUAACCAUUACAAGUAUCAGGUUUGGAAAGUAUUUAAGGAGAAAUUCUACAGAAGGGUUGCGACUUAUGUGGCAAAUUGGCAAGAUGAGUUAAAUGUGGGGUCCAAGGAUAGGGUACCUGGUUUGGGGACCAAAGCAGUUGAACCAAAAGAUUGGGCAAACCGAUUUUGUGAGGUUAGGGAUAUGGGGUUGAGGAACUGGGUGUUGAGGAAUUUUAUGGAUCGACGCACCCAUCUUUUACCUUGGCAACCUGAGUUUGAGCAUCAUUUUAAAAGGAGGCGACGACGAAAAUGGAAAAAGCCUCUUAUGAUAUGA